ACUGUGAGCUGUGGACCAGUGAUGGCCCUUGCUUUCCACGGGGGAGUUCACCAUCGGGUGGCGUGUGAUCGUCGCUCUGUUUGUCCGUCACCACACUGUGUACUGAAAACAAGCUCAAAUAUUUACCGCAGCCAACUGUAGCGUCCUUUAAAGGACAACAGCCCCUGCUCCGACGACCCACGGGACAGAAUUUCUGUGCUUGCAGGACUCAGAGAGGCGCAGAGGUAGUGGCGAGUGUUACACAAGGAGGAACGGGGCCAGGAGAGCAACAGGGUGCGAGAGCACAGGGCAACUGCGAGCACGGAAUGCAGGUGUGGUCCCUGACCUCACCCUCGACCAAACGUUGGCCAGCUUCCUCUCCCUGGAUUCCACCAGCACCCUGAACCGACAGCACGCCGACCUCCGGGUCUCUCUGAUGGAGCCGCACCUUUCCAACAUCAACCGGGACCUUGCCUCCAUGUUCGGUGAGGGAGGGACAGUAGUCUUCGGGAGCGUCGGCGUGGUCGCACUGGCGCUCUCCCUGCUCCUUGAGGUCCUCUCCCUCCACUGGACAGGGAGAGCCACCACUGGACCUUCCGACCCUAUCCGCCGGAUCUUUGGUGCUGACCACUUCUCGGACGUGGGCUCCAUUGCCAGUGAGUACCUGAAGAGGGUACCGCAGGUGGCGGGUGACCCAGUCCGCAUGCGGGCUCUGACUGAACGCUGUGAGAGCGAGCUGACUCGCGAACUGGAUGAUCGCUACGAGGCCAUGACCACAGAACGCCAAAUUGCUGCAAACGGAGUCAAGCAGUGGCUGAAUGGUGCCGCGCUACACCUGCACAUGCGCAUCCACCUGGUGCGUCUGGGUGCCGCCCAGAAGGACUCCGCUCAGUCCCUGGCCAUCUCGUACCAAACCAGGGUGCCAGUCCUCAUGCGCAGCUACGUCAAACACCUCCGCGGGAGCAUCCUGGAGAAGCCACCCCCAGCGGGAGGACCCGGCCAUAGCCUGUUGGUCCUGGAACCGCUGAGGAACGUGAGCCACGCGGUGCGGCACAGAGCGUGUGAGUCGGAAGCCAUUGCCGACGCGCUAGCUGAUCGAAUCCUGGGGCUACUGGACCUUCAGCGGAGCCUGGACUUUUUCAACCAGACGGAGAUGCACAUGGACGUCCUCGUCAAGCAGCAGGGAAACUUCUCUCUGUGGCCCCAGGUUUAAAGAGGCCAUCUGCUGUCAUUUCGCACCAUUUUCUCUCAUUUUGCAUCCUGACAAGCCGUUUCGUCUUUCUUCCACACAUGCGGUCGCCGAAAAUGCAGCAACCAAGACUAAAGGGGUCUGAGGACCCUUUAAAUUCAUUAGUUUUGCUCCGUUAAGUUACUUACUGACCAGCUAAUGUCCUUAUGAAUAACAUGGCACCAGACUGAGAGAGACUUUUAGUCAUCAGCAGUAACUUUUUGAGGGGACGACUGUACAUUCGUCAGAGGUCAGACCCCCAGCCGACCAAGAGGUACCUUCCCACUGCCGCUGGCUGCUCAUGUUUCCCUGCUAAUACAGCCAUGUAACAUUUUGACUUGUGAUUUAUGGUCAUUAUCAGCUGUGCGUUGGUUUGUAGCCCCAUGACCCCGAAUGCCGUGACAAAGUUGAAUUCUUGUGGUCGGAGCUCUCGGCUCCAUUUCCGUUUUUCAUUUUAGUUUGACAGGUUUUCUUUUUAUAUCAUUAAAUUGUUUUCAAAUUGUCGUACAUUAAAAAGUCUAGCAGUUGCAGUUAAUGAAAUGACCUGAAAAUAAUAAGCAAUAAUUACAUUAUUACUGUUAUUAUGAAUUUGUUUAUUAUUAUCUGGCAUGAUCACCUUUGUACUUCCUACCUAUAUAAUAGGCAGCUACUUGUAUAAUGUGUGCCAGUAUAGUACCAGCUGUGCUUCAACCAUUGCGUGUCUCUAUCUAUAGAUCUCCAUCAGUUGCUCAAUUGCACUUUUUUAA